AUGGCUCGCGCGCGGGCCGGGGACUGGGACGGAUCUAACGUGCACGAGCCUUUCUCCACCCCAAACGCGGCGCCUGCCCCGCGAGGCGCACGUGAAGAGUGCUUCUACCUCAAGCUCGGCACUGCCGCCAAGGGCACGACGGCUCAAUGUGGAGCUUGCGUGGCGGUGCAGCGUCCGGGUGCUGAGAAACGCUUCCCAGCCGUCUCCCUGCUGCAGUCGGCCAAACUGUGGCAGAAGUCCUAUUUUUACAUCAAGAACCUCCAUCCGACGCUGGACUACAUCAACUUGUUGGCUUAUGUAGCCGGCCUGCCUGUCGAGCCACGCACCAACUGCCGGUAUAAGCCGAGCACCCUAUCGGCUGCCUCCAACGCCGCCCUCGCCCGACUUCAGGUGAUGACGGAGUCGGAGGGCCUCAAGGGCUCGGAUUUGCUGGCCGCCUAUGUGGCGCGCCGAGUGCUCCCCCUCCAAGCCCAGCCCCACAUCAUCAGCCGCAUGAGUGGGCACCGGGACCCGUGCCGGAUGUGCUCAAAGGAGCUGCCGGACAUGGAGGUGGCCCGGUGUAACACCCCGGAUUCCAAAACCCUAGCCAUCUCCCUCUCCGCGGCCAGACGCGUCCACCGCCGCCGGACUAACCAGCGCCGCCGCGCCCAGCCAAUCAGGGGCUGCCAUGUGGCAAGCCACCCCCACGCCGCCGCCGAGGCCCGCGAGCCCGUAGCCGGCCCUCCCGGCCCGUCUUCCCCGCGCCGCCGCCCGAGCGCCCUCGAACCCCGCCGCCUGCCGGACUCCGCCGGCGCCGCCCCGCCGCCAUCGCCGCCGUUCACGCGGGCCACCGCCUCCGCGCCUGGCGCCGCGGCUUCCCCGCCGCCCGAGCCCGCCGGCGUGCCGCCGCGCCUCGCCGUCCUUCCCCGCGCCCGUCGGCCUCCUCCUCUCCUCCGGCCCGUCCCUCCUCCGCUCCGGUCAACAGCAGCUCCGUCGAGCUCGAGCAGCUCUUCUCCGGCGAGCAACCACCGGCCCAAUCCAGAUCUGUUGUCGGAGAAGGAUUUGCAGUUCGGCAAGCGGCUGUACGACCGUGCGCACCCGCCGCCUGCGUUGGCCAUGGUGCGGGUCUUCUCAACCCAGUCGGCCACCGACGCCCUGGAGCCGGGUCAUCAAUACAUGCCGGAUCGGUCAAGGAGCGACGUGGACGACCCCGACUUGGGGGCUGCCACCAUGGAAGUGGACGACGCCACGGGUGGCGAUGGUGGAGCAGGCGGCUCCGGAGGAGGCGGCCUUGAGGACUGGCCGGAUGACGAUGAGGAGGAGAACGAGCCGCGCCGCACGCACGGUGCCGACAAGGCGGGCGCGAGCUCUUCAGCCGCGCCGACUGCACCAGGCGGUGCACCGAAGCACUGA